GUUUCAACUUUCUACAUUCGACAAUGGUUGUUAAGACUAUUACACACACUGACACAAGCUCACACACAAACGCACACAGUAUAUAUACAUAUGUUUUGUGUGUGUCUUAAGUGUUGAAAGUGAUUAAACAAAUUAAAGCCAACUAAAGCAUCCUACGACGUCAGAGACACAUGGCGUCGAUAGUGAUGCUCCUUAGAGCACUGAUGAGUUGCCGUCUUACGCCUAAAGACGAGCCGGAUACAGCAGAUUCUUCUUCGUCGGCGGUGAAAAUUUACAGAAAUAUCGUCGGAGACGAAAACAUGACGAGGAAGAGAAUUUCAGUGGUUGAUACAUCGCAUCGUGGCGAUAAUCACGAGUUUAUCAUCGAAACUACGUGUGGGAGCAACGAUAUGGACGAAGGGUUUUACUGGAUUAUCGUCAGGAACCACUUGUUGAUGUGAAUUAAUUUAUACUCCCUCCGUAUUUUAAUAAGUGUCGUUUUAGAAUUUUUACUUUUUUGAA